AAAAAAUAUAUCUUUGCGUUUGUCUUAAUUUUCUCAAAGGAAGAGAGAGAAAUGAGGAAAGUUCUGAAAAAUUGAACUCCAAUUGCUUUCUCAGCAACUCUUACUUCAUAGAAAAUAUAGCUAUAGGAGAAGUUGGCCAACGGUUAACUUCCCUCCAAACCUUGAGAGUCUCUUGUAAUCAAAGCAAAGUUCAGUAGUCGAUUCUUGGUCACCUUCUGAGACUCAAACUUCACCUUCCUGACAUACCCUUCAUACCAAUCUUUCCUUUCUGUUUCCUACCUUCCUUCUAUAUACACUUAAUCUCCAACUUCUUCUCACUCACUAUACACUUUUUCACCCUCUGAGAUUUUCUUUUCACUAUCUUAUGCUAAAGGGUUCAUGGCAUGCCCUUGAAAUCUUGGUUUGUAAUUGUAGCACUAGUUUGGUUUUGGUGCCAAGUCUUUGAGCUAUGGUGGUGCAGUGAAUAAGGCUUCUGGUUUUCAAGAAUAUUGGAGCUGGUUUUCAACAACUUUGGUUGCUGAAUUUCGUGCUCUUGAGCCUUCAACAGAUGGUAUUUUUAAAUUAAAGUUCUUGAAUGCUUCUUAUGCCUUUUAAAUUAUCUCCAAGACUUCAAAAAAGUUGGCUCUCUCCUUCAAUUCUUAAAUGCUAUGUACUGAGAAUCAAACAAGACUUGGUCUCAGGAACACACACGUUUUUCAAUUUUGGACUGUUUCUGAUCUGAAUACAUAUAUAGAGGCAAAAGGGUAUCUUCUCUUCACCAUCCUCUAUUCCUUUCCAAAGACAACAUUUCCAUUUAAUUGAAGCAGCAUGGCUUCUUUUCCUUCAAAUUCUGCAUCAGAACAUAGCAUGGCCAGUGCACAAAGCAGCUCCUCACCUUCUUUCAUGACUAGAGUGGCCAUGAGAGUCUCUAGAUCAAGAUGGUUCACCUUCUUGAGAAGAGUAUUCCAUUACCAAAAUGGACCAAGAUCUGAUCUUGGCUCCAACCCUUUCAAUUCUAGCACUUGGAUGAUGCUGGAGUUGGUUGCUUUACUGAUCCAGAUAACAAGCACAACACUCACUUUGGCCAUUUCAAAGACCGAGAAGCCUAUUUGGCCUAUGAGGGUGUGGAUAGCAGGUUAUGAUACUGGGUGUGUUCUUAAUCUGCUGCUACUUUGUGGCCGCUACUAUCAACUCCAUGUGACUCAAGGAGGUGCUCUUAACCUUUCUGAUUUGGAGCAGCAGAGAAACAAUGAAGAAUCAAGUGUUCUGAGGGGAUCACAUUUGAUGGACAAAUGCAGAAGUUCACUAGAGCUUUUCUUUGCCAUAUGGUUUGUGAUGGGCAAUGUUUGGGCCUUUGACUCGCGUUUUGGGUCAUUUCAACAAGCACCAAAACUGCAGGUGCUAUGCAUGAUUCUACUAGCUUGGAAUGCAAUAUGCUACUCUUUCCCUUUUCUGCUGUUUUUGCUCUUGUGCUGCUGUGUUCCAUUGAUGAGCACCCUCCUUGGAUACAACAUGAGCAUGGGCUCCUCUGCAAGAGGGGCAUCAGAUGAUCAAAUCUCACAAAUCCCAAGUUGGAGAUACAAAGCUGCUCACACCAACUUGGACUUUGCCAAUGACUCUCAAACCACUCAAAGAUUGAUCAAUGAUGAUCCAGAAUGCUGCAUUUGCUUGGCCAAGUACAAAGACAAAGAAGAAGUUAGGCAAUUACCUUGUUCCCAUUUGUUCCACCAAAAAUGUGUGGAUCAAUGGCUAAGAAUCAUAUCAUGUUGCCCUCUUUGUAAACAAGGAUUACAAAGGUAGCCAUCACACACAACACUCAACAACAACAUUCAUCUCAAUAUAUAUAUUUCCAAUUAUUUUUGUAUUUUUUUCCCCUUUUUUGGUUACAUGAGUGAGUUUGUACAUGUACACAAGAGGUCACCAGUAA